CAUAAAUUAGGUUUUGAUACCGUUUCUCCUUUUUUCUUUUGAAGUUUUGCAUCGACAGCUCCCUUCUCCCUCCGCAAGUUAGCUCCACCUCCGCCGCUGUAACCACCGUCUCAAUCCUCAGCAAAAAACGAAGCUCCAAAAUCUUCUCAACUGCUCUGAGGCAUUACUCAAGUUCACAGUAUCUCGUAAACGAACCUUUAUUCUCCAGGACAUAGAAUGGGGAAAAGAGGAAGCAAAAACUACCAGAAGAAAGACGUAACCAACGCUGCAACAAGUUCCCGACGCGACCGUCAUGUGUUUUCCACUCAAGACAUGGACGAUGAGAUAGAUGCCUUUCAUAAGCAGAGGGAUAUUGUUCCACUUGACAUAAAUGCUGAUUCUGCAGAGUCGGAUGAAGAUGAUGAAAUACCUAUUUUUGACUCCAAGGAUAUUGAUAAUGAUGAUAGUGAUGAUGAUGAUGAUGAUGAUAAUGAUAAUGAUGAUGAUGAUGAUGAUGAUGAUGAUGAUGAUGAUGAUGUGGAGGAGGAUGAAUAUGGUAACGGCAAAGGCUAUAUUUCAAAAUUAAUUAGGCAAAAGAAAUAUUUAGAUUCAAAGCAUGGUGGAGAUGAAGAUGAAAUGCAAGAUGAUGAUGAAGAUGAGGGAGAUAUUAAAACAAUUACCGGUGGUAGAAAAUACUCACAUGGCGCUGAGAAUCGUAAUUUUGAGCUACAAGCAAGUGAUGAUGAGGCCCCAAAAGAAGAGGAAAAAAUUGCAACCGACAUGCAAAGGGAGAAAGCAAAAGGCUUAACGAUGGAAGACUUUGGCCUUUGGGACAUUGAUAAUGACAAAUUAACUUCUAAGGAUGCAACAGAUAAAGGAAACAGAGUAAUAAAACCACUGGAUAGAGAUGCAACUUUCAAGGCUGAGGAUCUGAAUGCUUUAUCAAAGGAGGAGCAAAUGAACGUCCUGUAUAGGUCUGCUCCAGAAUUAGUUGAUUGGUUGUCAGAAUUGAACGAGGCACACACAGAGCUUGAAUGCAAAAUCAACCCAUUUUUAAGCAAGGUUAAAAAGGGGGAAACGGUAAUGGAAGGAGUAGUGCGUUAUUUUGAGUUGAAACAACCUCUCAUGCUGUCCUAUUGCCAAGCUAUAACCUUCUACCUUCUACUCAAGUCUGAAGGGCAACCAGUGGAUGAUCAUCCUGUAAUAGCUCGCCUUGAAGAGAUCAAGGAAUUAAUAAAUCAGAUAAAACAACUUGACACAGAACUUCCAGUUGAACUUGAGGACAUUCUUAAAGGAAGUAGCGGGUCAGAUCAUGAAAAUGCUCCAAUGCCAGCGGAUUCUAUCACUAUACACCAAGAACAGCCUCUGGUCUCCGCUGUAUCACAAGAAGAAGCAAUGCCUAGCAAUGUAGUUGAGAAGAAAAAAUCGGAUGUCUCAAAGGUUGGUGUACAAAAAGGAAGAAAAGUAAAAGAUCAGAAGGAUCACAUUGGCGCCCAGAGUUUGGAAAUGUUAAAAGUUAGAGCUUCUCUUGAGGAAAAGUUGCAACAAAAGGGUUUGUAUAAUCAAACUGCUCCAAAGCCAAGUAAUUCUCUAAAGCGUUCAAGACCGGCUAAUGGCCAGCUUGCUACAUAUGAUGAUUUUGAUGAUGAUGCUGUCAAUGUUAAUGGGACAGCAGGACUAUCUAAUGGUCGUGUCUCCGGUAAAGUUUCAGAGUUUGUUAAUGCUAAUCUGAAGAAAUUCAAGGUGGCUUCUGGUGAUGAUGAUUUGCCCAAGAGAGAUGGUAUUCUUAAUCGCCGGCGGCAACAUGAAGUCCGUGUGUUGGCUGGUGCUAGCGUUAAAACUGAGGAUGACAAAGGUGAUGAUGAUGAUCAAAUGACUGAUCUUGGAGCUCAUAAAGUUGAUGAUAAAAAGGUCACUGAAAGCGGAGGUGACCCAGAAAAUGAGGUUUAUAAACAAGCAGAAACUUUGCUAGCUGCAAAACGUGCUGCAAAAAGUGCUGCAAAAGCAGCGACCCAUUCAAGGAAAUCAGCUGUCCCCUCUUUGCCAGAGGAGACCGUGGACGGAAAGCGCUAUAUCACUUCUCAGAUGGCAAAGAACAGAGGACUAACUCGAAGUCGCAACAAGAAUAAAAAGAAUCCUAGAAAGAAUUACAAGCUCAAGCAUCAAAAAGCUCUUAAGAAUCGGGGAGGACAGGUUCAGAAUUUCAGAACGCAGACUGCACCUUAUGGCGGGGAAGCCUCUGGAAUUAAUCCAACUAUCAGUCGAAGUGUCAGAUUCAAGAGCUGAUUUUGUCAAUAUACACAUUACAAUAUCAUUCAAUUUUUCCACCAAUUUUGAAUCAUAUUAGCUGCGUCUGGAGUAUAACUUGUAUAAUUAUUUAUUAGAAACUGAACAUCUUUGGCAUAUUAAAUUUUGUCAAGCUGUCAAUUUUGGUCCAAGUAUUUCAGUGUUAUGUUUAUUUUCAAAUUAUUGAAUGACAACAACGGAACUCAAGGCAUGAGAUUCAACCCCUGAGAAGAUGAAUUAUUACAUUACUUAUUAAAUAUAAAAUUGAAGUCUAUUUGUGCA